AUGGGCCAAUCGACGGGAUGUUGCAGCAAAGAGGAGGAAGCGAGACCUUGCGGAGGCAUUGAAACCAUACAGGCCCAACCGCGGCCUGAUGACGACGUUGAGAAGCCGCCUCUGCGCGAGGUUUCGGUGGAAAGUAUCCAGGUGCUCAGCUCGCCCACAUCGAAGCUGGAUGUGAAUCCAAGUAUCAUACGAGGCAUUUCGCUGCGAAAGUGUUUGCGAUAUGUGAGACGGCUAUGGUGGAAGUCUCCCCUGGAUCUUUCGGCAGAUAGCCGAGCAGCCUUGUGGAAAAUAUCACGGCCAACGCCUGGCUUUGACAUGUUUUUGUCACAUACGUGGCAGACCUCGGGGCUUGCCAAAUGCUGUGCGCUCUUGCUUCAAUCCACGUGGGCAUGGUGUUUGGCAGUGUGGCUCCUGACCACGGUGGUUGUGAUGGUCUUAUACAGACAGAAUCUGCUGCCCAUGAUGGGUCGAUAUGCAACACCUGCAACCAUCGAGCAAGACCUACUUCCUUUAGGACCUUGGCUGACCGUCUCUAGCUUGCCUUCAUGCUUCCUUGGCAUGAUGCUCGCGGUGUACGUACCGGAGAGGAUCUGGCCCUCGCCAACUUGCUUUCUGGAUGCAGUCAGCAUCAACCAGAGUGACCAAUCUCUCAUGAUGCAGGGCAUCUAUGGACUCGGUGGCUUCCUCAAAGCUUCGAAAGAACUGCGCAUCCUUUGGUCGCCCCCAUAUUUUUCCAGAUUGUGGUGUAUAUUCGAGCUCGCAGCUUACCGCACGGCGAAUCCGACUGGCAAAAUCAUGCUGGCACCAGUGUUCGUGGAGAGUGCAGUGGCUGCCUACUUCUUUGGGAACUAUGUCAUAGCUCUGCUCUUUACCGACCGGGAGGCCUUCCCGGCCUUGUCAAUCCUUGGGCAGGUGAUCUCUGUCUUUCUUCUUGUCCGCUACUUGCGCAGGAGUUUUGGGGUGAAGCGGAAGCUCAUCUCCGAUUUGCGAAGCUUCAAGGUGGAGGAGGCCCAGUGCCGGCUUCAGUACGAUCGGGAUUUCGUCUUGAAUGCCAUCACCGAAUGGUUUGGCAGCAAGGACGCUUUCACCGAGUAUGUCAGGGGCGACCUCGGCAGAGACGCAAUGUCAGGAUACACCACAGGUGUCAUUCCACUCCAGUAUCAGCUGUUGCUGGUGUUGCCUGACAUAAGCCUGAACCUGGACACAUUCGUGGCGCUCUGGCUGGGGAACAUGCCUACCGAGAUCCUCGUCUCUCACUUUUUGGGUAUGGUUCUUGGUUAUUCCCUAUGCUGGCGCAUGGUGUCCUUCAGCUUGAUAGCGUCCCUAUGUGACCGAGUUCCCUCACUCAGUAGUUGCAAGAUGUUGCUUGUGGAUGUCCUAAUUCUUUUUGCCGCGAAUGCGUGCAUUACCAGUGGACUCUUUGCCGCGCAAGCCGCCUAUGCCCGUGGGGUACCCUGGGCCACAGGCUGGUUUCUUGCGGCAGGUGUGCUAGCGUUGCUUUUCCAGGGCACGUUACAGAAAUGGAAUAAGAAAGCCAAUGAGGGCUACUUUGCCUCCAUCUGGUCUGCGAAUACGGGAGGCUUCCUGGUCUUGGCCGACUCCAUGAUCAAAGGUGACGAAAGCAAAGGGGUGGUUCAGGGUGCCAGGGACAACCUGAUCAAUGAGUGCACGAACAUGGGCCUGAUCAGCGCCUUGAUGCUCACCAUGAUCCUCCCCAUGGCGUAUGAUCACGUCAACGACUGGCUCGAGGAGGAUUACCCUGGAAGUGGUUUCAUCUUCUUGGACAGCUACAUUGGCCAACAGCUUGGUGAGGCCCAGGUGCAUGCGGCGUCUCCUACUUUGAAUGACUUCGUCCUGGUUUUCUACGUGAUUGGCUUCGCAGGAUACCUCUUCUCGACUAUCAUGACAGUCAUCAUGCUUCUUUGUGUUGGAGAGGUGCAGACCGAGAUGGGCUGUCAUGUCUACCUCAAGAAUAUCGGGUUCAUGUCGCGCAUGCCCUACUUGUGCUUCCUGAUGGGCUGCCUUUUCGCCGUGGCAUCGGCCCUCCGGUUCAUGGUGACCCCGAAGACUCCAGGAGGCCUUGUCGUGCUGGGACUGGUCUGUCUCUUCUUGGUGAUGGGUAUGUUCUUUGGGGCCCCUGUGCUUAUCCAAGCCGCAAUCAAGGCUCACAACGCCAUCCACGAGUAUGAAGACCUUCGCCUGAGUUUGUCAGAGGCCGAGGAAGAUGUCGAGUGCUGGUUCUCUCACAACCCCGACGGGGGGCCGCUCAGGGAUUGCCUUCAGGAGUUGGGGUGCUUUGUGCAGCACAAGAAUCGCUCCUGUGACGUAAUCCUCCCGCUGGAUAGCAUCUCGGAGCAUCGAGUGGCCUACUACUUCCACAAGAAGCAGGCUGAGACUUUGGGCAUCACUCUGUCACCGAUGGAUUUAUACCGCCUCGCGACCGAGCCGGCGAAGUGA